CCAAACUCAGAAUGAACAGCUGUGGAAUUGUGCUCGCUGUGGUUUUAUUUUGUGCUUACCUUGUUUUCUUUGCAUCAGCAAGACUGGAAGUGGAGCGAACUCAUUGACAUUCUGGACUCCAUUUAGACUGCAGUGAACUGAGAAAACACAGUAUGUAAUGAGCCAAUGGAUGAAGGGAUACAUGGAGACAAGAUCGGGAUCCGACUCUACUAUGAUAAAACCACAGAUCGCUGCAAACCAUUUGCAUACCGAGGUGCCGGUGGCAACGGGAAUCGCUUUUUCACAGACAGGCAGUGUAUGAAGAGAUGCUCUACGUUAGCUGAGCAAAUCUAUCCAGAUGAUGACCGUGUUUGCCUCUUGGAGAAGGAUCUUGGACAUUGUAAAGGAACGUACUUGUUGUGGUAUUUUGAUCAUACGCUGAAGAAGUGUAGGACCUUCAUUUAUGGAGGUUGUGCAGGAAAUGGAAACAGAUUUGUUAAUGAGACAACCUGUUGCCAAAAGUGUGCUCAGGGUCCUGCCUGUGAACAAACGGGAAAGGAAGAUGAAGGAACUGAUGUAGGCUUGGUGCUUGGAAUCACUGUGGGAUGUACUGCAGCAGUUAUCUUAGUAUCCACACUUGCCAUUUGCCUUAAGAAAAUUGUGAAGAAAUAUACAGUCAGAGAAGAGAAGCAAAAUAAAACCAUGUCUAAUAUAGAAAUGUACUAACCAGGAAGAGAAACCUUCUUAUUUCCUUUGAUUAAUGUAGUGAAUUCCCUGAUUUGUAUCAUAUUGUUUUGUUACAUGUAAUACUGUUUAUACUUUGUCCUUCCCCAAAACAUUUUGCUUCUGGGAAAAAUCAGGUCUAAUCAUACCAACAGACUGUAUAGUCUUCCUUUUUUGGUAAUAAAUUUUAUAAAGAACCUA